UUUGCGUAUCAGAUGAAGCAUCUUCAUCGAGCGGAUCCGGAGGAUCCUCAUCUAGUAGCAGCACCUUGAUCAUUGUUAUCGUUGUGCUGGCCGUGGUUGUGGUUCUUGGUGUUGGAGGAUUCUUCUUCUAUCGCCGCCGCGUGAAAAACCGCGGAUUUUAUCUCUCGAACACGCCCGAUAUGGUGGGAGUGGCUACGCCUCAUUCGGCCAACAACACCCCAGCGCGCAACAGGGCUGGAAGCCGUGGACGCGCUUCUUCGCAGCAACGACCGCCUACUGCUGGCAGUCGCACUCCCCGCAGCUCUAUCCCGAACCUUUUCCAGUUGGCAGGUCUUUCAGAUUAUGGUAAGAAAAUGUCCGACGCUCAACCUCGUCGGAGCAGCGUGCAAUCCACUUUUCCCGUUGGAGCCGAUGGUCAUCGGUCCAGAAGCUCCAUUAUCAGUGGCAACGUGGUUCAAAUUCCUAGCGAAGAGAUCAACUACACGCGGAAAAUCGCCAAGGGCGCAUUUGGCGAAGUGUGGCUGGCGUUGCACGGCAAGGACCUUGUAGCUGUCAAGAAGUUGAUCACAGUCGAGGGAACGAGCGUUCAGGACUUCGUCUCCGAGCUGAACCUCUUGGCCUCGCUGUCGCACCGGUGCAUCCUUACCCUCAUUGGCGCUUGCUGGGAUGAGGACCUGACCGAUAUCCAAAUCGUCUUAGAAUACAUGGAUUCGGGCGACCUGCUCUCGGUUCUUCGGAAAAACCCGCCGUCCGUACUAACGUGGGAGAACGGCAAGGCCGCGUACUGCGUCCAGGUUUGCGAGGCGGUUUACUACCUGCACAGCUUACAGCCGGCGCUGAUUCAUCGCGACAUUAAAUCGCGCAAUAUUCUCGUGGAUUCGCAGAAGGGCGCAAAGCUGUCCGACUUCGGCGAGAGUCGCGAGCGUACAGUGGCGCGAACGAUGACGGCUGGUGUUGGUACGGCGCGCUGGGUGGCCCCUGAAAUCAUCCUUGGCGAGGACUACAGCGAACUGGCCGAUAUUUACUCGCUGGGUGUUUUGCUCACGGAAAUGGACACGCACCAGAUUCCGUACCAGACUCUGGGACUCGAGGAGUCGAUGAUCGUGCAGCAGGUUGCUGUAGGAAAGCUGCGGCCCAAGGUGUCGGAUACCUGUCCCGAGAUCAUCCGUCGCCUGACUCACGAGUGUCUCCAGUACGAUCCCAGUUUGCGACCGUCGACGGCACGUGUCCUUCAAACGCUUAUGGCUUCUUCGCUCGUUCGUCGGCCGUCAGUCAGUCUGGCGGCCGAUUAGAGAUUGAGUUCUCGGCGCUCCACUUUCAAGAACGCGACGGCAUGCUGGUCAUCAGCUCUGGCUAGCAGUCCGUACUGUAUCCCGCCUGUGUCAGGUUCGGUGGAUAAAAUACUUUCCCCUCAUGGUUUUGUUUUGCCUCCCAAACUGAUGCAAUUGAAAAUCGCUCAAAUUAGCGCGAGGGGGUCUUAUCGUGUCUGCCUGUCUUUUUAGCUAUGCCUGGUCCUGGUCCAUAUUUGCAGGAAUCACCACCAUGAAUCGCCGAUCCAGCUCAACCUCUUCGUUGGCACGCCCGCCUGACUUCACGAAAACCGUGCCGUUUGUACCGCGCGAGGUGUUUCGACUGGUGCUGCGCCUGGAGGCUCAGAAGGCCCUCGAUGUCAACGUUGCUGCAUUGGAGCAGCGCUUCCGCGUCCCGUCAGGAUACGCAGACGACGACUCGCUCAAUGCGCGUGGUGAGGUGAAGCAGCCUAAAAAUGUACGCAUGCCUUUCUGUUGCCUGGUUUUGCCAUGUGCAGGGCUCAUUCCUUUCAAUACGUUUGCAGUUCGUGCCGGGGCCUGGGACCUACGAAGUCCCGGAGCAGUGGCCUGUUCGAGAUGUGACGGCUACUCCGACGGCAGCAUUUCUGUCGCGGACUAUGAGAGGGUCGUUCUCACCUUCUCGGCGAGCAGCGUCUGCUUAUCCUAGCUCACCAACGAGACAAGCCGUGAUCGAUCAUUACACCAGCGCUUCAGGAGAUAAAGCAUCGCGACCCCAUACUGCUUACCCUGAACUACCAUCUCCUGUAAAAACAUCCAAGUCUCCACGUAGCCGUCUCCGGCUUCCUGGUUCAUCAAGUCGUCGAGAUCUCGUGAUUCAGAUUCCAGAGCAGCAGCAAGACAUUGAUCUUCAGCCUGCCGAGAACGAUACGUCUGCGAGCACCAGCUACUCGUCAUUGAACCCUCAAAACGUAUCUGCAUUUUCCAAGGUUGGUCGAGAACCUGUGAUCGACAAAGAGGUGGCUCCUGCUGUUGGGACCUACGAUAUCAAGCGACUUUGGGACUCGUCCACUCCUCGAACAACAUUGGGGGCGCCUUCUCCUGCGCUCUUCGGUGCCUCGAAGGAAAAGCGUGUUGUUAUCUGGCGUCCAGCACUAACUCCUGCGUCGUACAAUGUGUCGACGUCCUGGGAUUCCUCUCGCCACUAUGCCAAGCAGAAGGACAAGGUUGUUCGCAGCGCAGCUAAACGAAGACUGCACAGCGCAAAACUCCACGCCCGGUCGAUGUCGUCUCCAACUAUUCGGCCAUCCACAGCUGACGCUAAUCUGCACAACGAACCAGCCACAGCGGACUCGGCCUCAACUGAGACGCCUGAAAAUGAUGAUGACCCGUUCAGUUGGCUGCGCCAACGACCCAACGGAGAACAUCGCGUUAACUUUCUCGCAGCGAAACAUGGACUGGUCCACCACAUCAGGUCUCCUACACGCCGAGCAACAGAUAAUCGGCAUUCCACUGUAAGUCAUAGCGACGAACCAACCACCCCAGGGUCACCGAGUUCCAGGCUCCUUCGGCAGCACAGUAACUUACAGGACGAAGAUACUUCGGCGACAGAAACUCUUUAUACAGCGAAGCCGAAAGACGUGCGUAUCAAGGUAAGCUGUCGAAUGCCAGGAGGUAUGCUGAUCUCUGCAAGUGUCUACUCGAUGAAGAAACUGGGGCACUUCAAGUCUGCGAUUUUGGUUCGUCAGAAGCGUUUCCAGACCGUGGAACAGUUUGAUCUCUAUCACGCAAGUGGGAGGAAGCUGACCGGACUCGAAGAGACAUUGGCUUCCUGUGGUGUUCGUGAUCGCUCAAUGCUGCAGAUUGUUCCAGCGGUGACGGUAGCAUUGACGCCACAAGGAAACCAAAUAACUUCCGAGCCAAAGUGAUGCAACCAAAACUUGAGCGAAGGAACAUACUUGCUGUGGUCUCCUUGAACAACAAAGCAAAUGUGUGUGCUACUUGUUCCUACGAAUGAAGUAGCUUUGGCUUGGAAGGUUCGAAAAAUCCUUCCCCCGACUUGAGUGUGAGUCACACUCAAGUCACACUGUGUGACGUUGCCACUUACUCCGUCGAGCAGUAUUUCCAGCCUUUGUGGCACCUUGAAUUCUCGUCACAUUCUGCCCAACGAAGCGAACAGGAUCACUAACGUCGGUCCUCUCCGAGAUUUCCCGGACUUAACUGCUCCAGAUCAUGAUACCCACACACUAUCCUCCCAGCGCGAUACUCAACCAGCCGAGCACUAAGUGCGGCGGACCCGAUCCCAAUCACCUUAGCCGCAAACUUCGUGGUUUCAGUCGCCACCAACGCUUUCCCCACUUGCUCCCACAUUUCUGUCUUCUGAUCACCAUCAAGAACGUCGCCCCAGCCUCUCGUUCCGUGGCAGUAAAGGCGAUUUUGCUUGUUAGUUUCGGCGAUCCCAUCCCAUUUCUUGUCUACUAUCUCGGCUAAUUUGCCCACGACAGCUCUCGAUCCACCUCCCACGGCAGUCAUCCUGUAGCAGUACCUCGACAUUUCAAGCUGAUCACCUCGAUCCCACUCGGACAUCAACAGUUUCCAAGCUGCUUGAAACAGCUCGCGGUAUUGAAAUCGAGCUCGAAUGUCACGAUACAUACUUAAUGCGUGCAGACGCCAACAGAUCGUACAGACUGCGAAUCCGUUCAUCUGAGGGUGUCCACGAGGCGCUCUUCUUUGACCGAAAAUACAAUAAGCUUGGCUCUUUCCCUCGCUUCCUCUUUUUGAGCGGUCCCCCUUGAGCCGUGCUUGGCUCAGAUGUCGCUGUGGGCGGGCCGACAUUCCUUGCUCUGGUCGGUAACCUGGGUUGGUUUCUUUCCGCCCCCCCUCUUCAUCGUUUGGCCCUGUCGUGUGGUGACAGCAGUCGCUCUGCUCACUACUGGCCUUCAAUUUCAUUUCGACAGCCUCCCGCAGUCGCUUACCACCGUCAGUGGAGAUCAAGUCCCGGUAGGUCUGGAUCAUCAUCACUUGUAUCUACCUCCCGUCAUGAACAGCUCCCAUGCCUUGAGAAACCGAAUUUUGCCCUUAGGCCCGCCUCGAAAGAGAAGUCGAACGUCGCUGUAGAUUUUUCGAGUUAAUCCGAGUCGCUCAUACAAUUCGAGGAACGGAAUUGGCUGCUUGUUUUCCCCAGCGUCUUGCGAGUGCCCUGCCGCUGCGGUUCUCCACUGAUCUGAAAAUCACACCGCGGUGAAAACUCAACUGUCUCGAGUUUCUCGGAAACCGUAUUACCUUUCCCACGUGGCUCUACUGGUAAAGUAAAGAAGAAGUGUUGCUCAUUUAUCUGUUGAGUGCGCUGGAUAGAGGUCUAUGGCUAUCGAGUGCUUUGUAUACAGUCCAUU